CCUCACAAAGCUUGGAGCAGAACAGUUGGCCGUGGCACAGUGAGCAGGCGUCCAGUUGCUGCCUCGCAGAGCAGAAUCCCGAAGAGAGCUCUAAGCCAUCUUGGUAAUGGAGCGCAAUUUCGAGCACAAGGACUCCAACUUCCAGAACCUAGAAGGUGAUGUUUCUUUGGAAAAAGUCAAAGGUGUCGGUGUGGGAGCACCCAACAAUAAGAACGACGAGGAAAAGAAAGGCUACGGGGACCAAAACCAGCCAAUCCUUGAGGCCGCAGCUGAGAUGCAGCAACUCCAGGAUGACAGUGAGCUUCAAGCGAUCUGCAGCGCCUUUAACGGACUGCAGCUUAGAGAGCUGGAACGCAUCUUUCAGCGCACUGAGUUCCCCAACGUGUUCGGGCGGAAGGAACUUGGAACACUGGUGAAUGUUGAAGCCGAAGUGGAGCCCUGUGAAUCUGAAGAAGCGUCCGCGUAGUGGGUCUAAAACCCACAAGAGUGUCAAACUUUUCUCCAAGUUAUGUUUAUGUUGACUACAGACUCAUGUUUGUGAAAUAAGCAAAGUUUGGGAGGAGUUGAAAAUAAACUUAAGUGUAUUUAAUCUGC